AUGGCGGGUAAUAAAGAGGUCAGCUUCUCACCUCGUGAGAUGGAGGUUCUCGCCCUCGCCUGGCAGUGUAUGGAGACGCAGCCCAAGAUCGACAUGCACAAAUUGGCUUCCCUGACCGGUUACACUGUUGGCUCCGCCGGCGUCACGUUAGGCAAGAUUAAGACCAAGAUCAAGCUCCUCGGCGAGUCCCUCUCUACAGACAGUCCCACCACCCCCAAGAAAGCCGGAGGUCCGGGUCGCAGCAAGGCUACGUCUACUCCAACUUCUACCCCUAAGAAGCGUGGUCCCCCUGCCUCUUCCAGUACACCCGCCAAGCGUGCCCGGAAGGGCGCCUGUCAGCCAACUUCAUCGCCCUCCGAGGACGUUUCGGCAGCCGAUGACGACGGCGACGAUGACGAAGACUUUGGUGAUCUGGGCGACAAGAAGGUCAAGGUCAAGAAGGAGGAACCGAGCUUCGAGCAAGGUUCUGGUUUCCUUGAUAACGGUAGUGGUGGCGCAAGCUACGGUUUCCUCGAGGGCAUUGAGACAUUCGGUGGUGGUGUUGGUGGAGGCAGGAGUGCAGCUACUGGAUACAGGAAGUCGGUCGCCUAA